GUCAUUGUUCUCACACGUGAUUGGUCGAGAUAAACACGCCUCCCGUCAGCCUGAACAAACACAACAAACUACAAGGUUAUUCAUGUCUGUCUGACUGAGCCAACAGCAAGGAUGCUGACAGCACAGAGGGCAUGUGCGGCGUUGGCUGCCCGCCGCCUGUUCGGAGCUUCAGUCUCCACAUCCCACACAUACCAGUCUCUGAUCCACACUUCAGCAUCAACUCAGGACCAAGUUGAGCUGCAUCCCGAGUGGGCCAGUCUGGCCAAAAAACAGUUGAAGGGGAAGAACCCCGAAGAUCUUCUCUGGCGCACACCUGAGGGAAUCAACAUCAAGCCAGUGUACACAAAGGCGGACUCGGAAGGACGAGCCGAUGAACUUCCAGGAGUGUUUCCGUACACUAGAGGGCCCUAUCCCACCAUGUACACUUACAGACCCUGGACAAUCAGGCAGUAUGCUGGCUUUAGCACUGUGGAGGAGAGCAACAAAUUCUACAAAGAUAACAUUAAAGCUGGUCAGCAGGGUCUGUCCGUGGCCUUUGACCUCCCGACGCAUCGCGGUUAUGACUCGGACAACCCCAGGGUCCACGGGGAUGUCGGCAUGGCCGGGGUGGCUAUAGACACGGUAGAGGACGUGAAGAUGCUCUUUGAUGGGAUCCCUCUGGAGAAGAUGUCCGUGUCAAUGACAAUGAACGGAGCUGUUAUUCCCGUGUUGGCAAUGUUUGUUGUGACCGGAGAGGAGCAGGGUGUGCCCAAAGAGAAGCUAACUGGGACCAUUCAGAAUGACAUUCUAAAAGAGUUCAUGGUCCGCAACACUUAUAUUUUUCCGCCGGAACCUUCCAUGCACGCCAUUGCAGACAUCUUUGCCUAUACUUCCAAGCACAUGCCCAAGUUCAACUCCAUAUCCAUCAGCGGCUACCAUCUCCAGGAGGCUGGUGCUGAUGCCAUUUUGGAGGUAGCCUACACCAUCGCCAACGGUCUGGAGUACUGCCGCACCGGCCUGAAGGCAGGGUUAACCAUCGAUGAGUUUGCCCCAAGGUUGUCAUUUUUUUGGGGUAUAGGGAUGAAUUUCUACAUGGAAAUAGCCAAGCUUAGGGCAGCCAGGAGGCUGUGGGCCUCUCUUCUGAAAGAAAACUUCCAGCCCAAGAAUGCCAAGUCUCUGCUGCUGCGAACACAUUGCCAGACUUCAGGCUGGUCGCUCACCGAACAAGAUCCAUACAACAACGUGAUCCGCACAGUGAUCGAAGGCAUGGCUGCCGUGUUCGGGGGUACCCAGUCGCUACACACCAACUCUUUCGAUGAAGCUCUGGGUUUGCCAACCGUGAAGAGUGCUCGCAUUGCCAGAAACACCCAGAUUAUCAUCCAAGAGGAAUCGGGCAUCCCCAAAGUGGCGGACCCCUGGGGGGGCUCGCACAUGAUGGAAGCUCUCACUGAUGAUGUCUACAACACUGCUCUGAAGUUCAUUAAGGAAAUUGAAGAGAUGGGCGGUAUGGCCAAGGCCGUGGCCGAGGGGAUUCCAAAACUCCGUAUUGAGGAAUGUGCUGCACGCAGACAGGCCCGCAUCGACUCCGGAUCAGAAGUUAUUGUCGGGGUGAACAAGUAUCGUCUGGAGAAAGAGGAGACUGUGGAAGUGCUGGCCAUAGAUAACACCUCCGUACGCCAGAAACAGAUCGAGAAACUAAAGAAGGUGAGGGGAAGUCGUGACCCUGAGGCAGCAAGGAAGUGUCUGGCAGAUAUUGAGGAGUGUGCCCAAACCAGGGAGGGCAACCUGUUAGGUCUGGCUGUGGAGGCAGCUCGAGCCAGAUGCACUGUUGGUGAGAUCACGGAUGCCAUGAAGAAAGUGUUUGGUGAACACAAGGCCAGCACCAGGAUGGUGAGCGGUGCCUACAUCAGUGAGUACGGAGAGCACAAGGAGAUCGCCCUGGCCCACAGCAGGGUUGCAGAUUUUAAGAAACAUGAGGGCAGGAACCCCCGACUGCUGGUGGCAAAGAUGGGGCAGGAUGGCCAUGACAGAGGUGCCAAAGUCAUCGCCACAGGCUUUGCUGACCUGGGCUUUGAUGUAGACAUUGGACCCCUGUUUCAGACUCCCCUGGAGGUCGCCCAGCAGGCAGUCGACGCAGACGUUCACUGUGUGGGGAUCAGCACGCUUGCUGCAGGGCACAAGACCUUGGUCCCAGAGCUCAUCAAGGAACUACGGAAGCUCAACAGACCUGACAUCCUUGUCAUCUGUGGAGGUGUCAUCCCACCUCAGGACUAUGAGUUCUUAUAUGAGAACGGCGUGUGUUCCAUCUUCGGCCCAGGAACCAGGAUCCCGCAGGCUGCAGUUGAAGUCAUUGACAAUAUUGAAAAGAGCCUGGAAAACAUUCGGCAGGCCAUGUAAAAACAAACACGGCCUCUCUCCCCAGGAAAAAAAAAAAAAUUAAUGUGAUUUGUUUAUUUGUCUCAAAAAUGGGAGCCAAGACUUCUGUGCAGAAUUGAUUUGAUCUGCCGCAUGAAAGAUACAAAAUAUAAUUUCCAUUAUGAGUUCACUGUUGGAAUGUCAGAGUUGUUUUAACAAUGUAUUUACUUUGUGUCCAAUUUGACUUUUUUCUUCUUUUUUUUUCUCCAUUAAUGGUAUCACUCAAAAUCUCAAAAUGUGAUUUCAUACAUAACUCCUUCACUUGCGUCAGCAGAAAAACAAAUUAUAUAACGCUGUCUGGUUUAAUGAUAAGUGCUGCAGUAUUUAUGAUGGAUUGAGAAGCUAAAACAUAAAUCACUCUACAUUUAACCAGAUGAGGUUCAUUGGAGGUUUUUGAGCAUAUUUUGUCUUCUGAGGUAAAACAGAGCGCAUAAACCUGCUCUGAAAGUAAUUUGUUCUCUGGCGUCUGUGUAUAGUUAGAGUGUGACUGACACCACUGUAGCGAGGUAGGCAAAAUGGAAGAUGAAUUGAAAACAACUUAUUUGCAUCUAUACUAUAUUUUUGAAAGUGGCCUUUUAUAUUAUUAUCUUGCAUCCUUCUGUCAGUUUAAUAUAAAUCAUUUUAGUGAUUAUAUUACAUAAAUUCUUGAAACCGGCGGAAGUAGCAAUUGUGUACUUCUAAAUAAGGUUUAACGCUGCUUGGUCAAAAUAAAGUAAGUUAACUUUCAAAA